GCCGUACAUUUUGUUAGGGCUCGGCAAGCGAACGAUUCACAUUGAAUUCAGUUAGUUCUCGUGCAACAGAAGUUCUUACGUUGUGCAUUCUGUCGAAUGAUGAAAGUAUAAUAAAAAUAUGUGCUUGGAGACGGACUAUCCGGUUAGAUUUCUGGUGUGGUUUCCAAUGGUUUCGAUAUCCCCGGUGGAUUUGACGGCAUAAGCUUGAAUCCUUUGCUGGGAGCAUUAGUCGCCAUAGCAUUGAAUUUGGUCGGUCAGCAGUGUUCUUGCCAGCUGGUAGACUAUAGCGCUUUUUUAGUUCACCGUAUUUAUUCCUACGAUAUUAUGGUGAAGCCAUUACUCUAAGAAAGACUCAAACAUAAAAAUGUGAUUUUUCGUAAGAAAAAGGCAAAAGUAGUGAAAAAUGACAGAAAAGCUUGCGGCAGUAUAGUGUAUCACAGAAGGAGUGUUUCCAGAAUGGUGAAAGAACAUUAGCAACAAAUUUAAUGAAUUAAGCAUAGCAAACAAAAGUGUGCUAUUGCUAUGAGGCCAUUUGUCCACGAGCUGUAUCGAAGCCCACGGCCGACGGAAGGACAUUGUAACAGUUUCAUUCGAGCAGAAAGGUCUCUGAAACACGAAUGUCGAAGAUCAUAUACAAAAAAGGCGACUAGUGAUAACGAGGAUUUGGAAGGCGAUCUUAUUUAUUAAUAUUUAUUCAAUGUACUUUUGCUAAUAUUAUUUAAAAGCCGCCUCGCUUUUGGGUAGGCUCUAUCGUAAGUGCAAUACUAUUAACAAUAAGGCGAUUGGUAAACUUGAUGCUUUCAAUGGCGGAUACAAAUUCAGCCGAUACCUGUAUGGAAGCCAUGUGUAGCUCGUAUGUCUCAGCCCCGGCAUCGGUUUUAGAAUCCGUAAACCACGGCAUACAGGAAGGUGAAGUUUGCAAAACGCAACUUAAAUCAAAAUCUGCUGUUCACCAGUUGGGGAAUAUGCCAAUCAUGUACGGCACAAGUAAAAGCAAAAAAUGUUACAACAAUUCUUCGAAUCGGAAAAAGCAAAACCAACAACAAAUUCUAAAUAGUUUAAAGUCAUGGAACGUUAAGAUAGCACCUAGUGGUUUAGAUAAGCCCGAGGCAGAGCUGCUACCAGGAAGACCUGUUACAAUCGUGCAGGAAAAUUCAUCUUAUAUGCCCAAAAGCAUUACGCAAAACCAAACCAAGCCACAAUCGAGUGAAGCGACACCCGGAGCUGAAGACCCGAAUCAUGCCACCACAUUCAUAAAAGAGCAACCCACCCAGAUUCCGGAACCACGUGGGAAUAAUAGCUCGACAAUGAAAAAGAAGGCUCAGGAUAUAAAACACAAUAAAUCAAAACAUAAAGAGAUCGUGGAGAAAAUGGUCCCAAGCAGUACAUAUGAUGAGGAAAGGAUCCAUGAAAAGAAGGAUUUGGAAAGUUUUACCAGCAAUGCAUGUGAAAAUGUAAUUUCUCAAGGUAGUGCUCUUGCUGAUGAUCUAUCUGGCCACAGCAUGCUUGAAUCCUCAUCCAAUUGUUCAUCUGACACUGGGACGUUAGCUGAGGACAACGAUUGUACAAAAGAAGCCGUCCUGUAUUCAUCCGUGUCAUCGGGAGCCUCCGUUAGUUCCAGAGGAAAUUGUCACAAAAAUAGUCAUUCGAAAGCAAGAGUGCCGGGAGCAGGAUGGGGUUGGAAUCAUCGUCAGUCGCAAAAUGGGUCGUCAAAAGGGCUCCCGAUAAACAAAAUGACGGCGGCAGCUGGACAGGUGAUGGAAAAAACAUCGAAAUUCUUAGACGGCAUGCCUAGGACAAUAAAUGGAAAGCAAAAAGAUUCAUCCCAUCGAUCGGAACAUCAUAUUGCUAAUAGUCAAAGCUUUUCACCUAGGGCAUUGUUAACGAUUCAUCCUAAUCAGCAGCCAUCACACCAUCAUCCGUCAUACAUACAUCUCCACGAGCAACCGUAUCAUCAAUACUUGGACCACAAUAAUUCUGCUCAACAGAACAGUAAUGGGUCAGUGCAUCAAUACUCGUUUGAUUUCUUACGGGACGUAGGACAGAAGGUAUCAAUCCCCAGUGAUACGAUCGGGUCAUCUUCUUCUUCUUCUUCUCAAGUGAACUACAAUUUUACUCCACAAUUUCAACAGCAAAUAAUGCAGCACUACCAUAAUAACCACAUGCUGCAUCAACAGAAUUCUAACAUUGGACAUGGAAACAAUAUACAACUUCAUCAUGCUGUGACACAACAACAGCAGCAGCAUCAGCAGCAGCAACAUCAGCAGCAGCAGCAGCAGCAGCAGCAACAUCAGCAACAACAGCAUCAGUCCUAUAUUAAUCAUUCUUCAGGCGCGUACGGAAGUGAAGAAGUUGCAUGUCUUUUGUCUCCCCAAAGUGGUGGUAAUGGAAGCACCAGUGUACUGAAUGAACCAAAAUAUUAUCAAAACUAUCCCGUACUGGGCACUGGAGAAAUGCAAAAUGGAAUCAAUAGCUGCAGUCAGAUCAUAGAGCAUUCUUCUUAUGGCUACAAUCGGAACGGUGAUAUACAACAUCAGCAGCAGCAGCAACAGCCACCACAACAAGGAGUUAACCAACAGCAUCCCAUGUAUCAGAACAAUCAUCAACAAUACCAGGUCCAUAUAAAUAGUUACCACCAAAAUAAUAACUACCAGUACCACAAUCGGAACUUAUCUGCCAUCCGUGGAAAUCAUCUGAACUACCUAGUACAUGGUGGAGGCGUUUCGUAUCGCGAUGAAGGUGUAAGAAAUGGCAAAAAGACGUCCUGGAAUUCUAAUGGUUCGAAAGGAAAAAUGGGUACGGCGCUGACUAGUAGUGGGAAGCAUUUAAACAAAGUACAAAGUAAUGGAUAUGGUUACCGCAAAUAUUACCAACAUUAUCAUAAUCAUCACUCAGUUGGAGGAGGGCACGGUCAAUAUUAUGAUCACGUGGCUAUGUCGCAUCAGCAGCAACAAUCAAUACCACAGCAGCAUCACAAACAGCAACAUUUGCAUCGCAAUCUGGUGUACGUGCGAGGGUAUGAUCGAGGACAUGGUGCUGUUUUGCCACCAGCAUUCGGCGAAGAUGCAAGGGGAGUUGGUAAAAAAGAGCAAGAAGCCGAAAGUUCAAGUUCGAUACAUCGCGCCCCAUCAAGUCCCAAGUCAAAAGACUCAUUGGACAUGGAUAUAAAUCAUACAGGAGACCAAGAUAAACUUUGCACAAUGGCCGAUCCAGAGGAUGAUAUUAUGCCAUGUGGUAUAGAUGUAGAUGUCGCAUCGCAAAUUCAAGAAAAGUCGGUAUUGCCUGAUGAUGAAGAAUUUGAACUGAAGGAACUAUGCGAUGUACCUCGUUCUUCUUCUUCUUCGUCUAUGGUGUCAAUUCCAUCGACAGAAUCCUCGGUAAUAUCGUCGACGAUAUCGCAAACACAACUUCUUGAGUGUACGAACGCUAGCAUCCAUGAAUACGACUCUGAUUCGUCGCACUAUUCUGAUUUCCAUGAUGGAACAGAUCGCUACUCAAAGUAUGGUCAGAUAAGCUGUGGUCAAGUGUAUCGAUCGUCAUCGUCGACCUCGGGCAUAUCGUCUUCUGCUACCAAUCCACACUCAAAUGAUUUCAUUCCUUCGAUACCGUCUUCGUUACGUGCUUCUCCAGCCGCUUUGAGCGAGCUAAUCGUUCGCAGCCAUAGCUAUCACGGGUCGCAUCAGAAUCUCACAGCAUAUGGUAGCGUCAGAAGUGCCGGUGAGGCAAGUUCUCCUAUCGGAUCACCGACGGGAACGCUACGAUCCUCCUCUGGCACACAAUCCGUUCCUAUUUUCGGAGAACUGUUUGCCAGUAACAAUGCCAAUAAUCACAACCAACAUUCGAAAAAGUUUACUGGAAGUCAUUCGUCGACAGUUAGCUUCGGGAGUAGUUCUUCAUUGGAAAUGGCAUUACGUUCCAGUUCCUCUUCGCUUCCUGCGUCAUCGGUGCCGCCCAACGAUGGUCAGUCGAUGCAGAGCGGACAUCCGAGAAAACGCAGUCAAUCGGGUCGAACUUCACCAGCCAUGAUUCAGGAGCAAUUCCGUCCUGCUGUUGCGUGUUAUUCUGGUCACAAUAAAGGACAGGGACAGCAUGGUAACAAUGGUGUUCGUAAAAGCAAUCAACUGCCAAUGAACUACGUCCAUCGCACUUCAUUGCCAACGGAUUUUCAGUAUACGCCCGCUGAUCGGUUUAUUUUGCGUGCCAACGAUAUAGAACUCAAAAUACCACCCGGUCGGCUCUCGAACGGUUCCGUGUGGGAUAGGCUUUCCGAAGGGAUUUGGGAAAAGUUUUGCGGUGCACAGCAAACGGCAGAAAAAUACCUCCAAAAGAUGCAAUUGUGGCGAGACUUGUACAUUUGCAUCAAACAGGGUUUCCCCAAGUAUGGGCUCUAUCUGGUUGGGAGUACAAUUUCUGGCUUUGGUGCCGACAACUCCGACGUAGAUAUGUGCCUCGUAUCGCGAUACACAGGCCCAGGCUACUAUGAUGCUCGUAACGAAGCGUUGCAGAACUUGACACUGGUUAAAAACUUUUUUGUGAGCUUGGCGUCAUCGACUUUUGACAAGUUUUGCUUGAUCCAAGCGAAAGUUCCGAUCCUUCGAUUCCAGGACAGCAAUAACGGGAUUGAGGUCGAUUUGAACUACAACAACUGUGUGGGUAUAAGGAAUACUCAUCUGCUGCAUUGUUAUUCACAGAUGGACUGGCGUGUUAGGCCGUUGGUGUUGGUGGUAAAACUGUGGGCUCAGCAUCACAACAUAAAUGAUGCAAAAAACAUGACAAUAUCCAGCUACUCACUAGUAUUGAUGGUAAUACACUUUCUUCAAUACGGGGUUAAACCGUCGGUUUUGCCGUGUCUACAUUCUAUGCAUCCCGAAAAGUUUAUGAAAAUCAUCGACAUCAAUAGCAUUGAAAUGAUCGAGUCCAUCGAACCAUACCAAACCGAUAACAAGGAGACGCUUGGCGAACUGUUGCUGCAUUUUCUGGAGUACUAUAAGGACUUUGAUUAUGCACAUUAUGCUAUCUCGGUUCGUAUGGCAUCGAUUAUACCGAUAGAAGAGUGUCGAAUGGCAAAAAGUUAUAAGAAUGAUCCUCAUCAAUGGAAACAUCUGUGUAUCGAAGAGCCUUUUGACCUUACCAAUACAGCACGCUCAGUUUUUGAUGGCGAAGUUUUCGAACAGAUCAAAUGUACAUUCGCUGCCUCUUGUCGAAUGCUUAAAGAUACCAAGGAUUUAAGUGUUCUGUUUGGUGAACCUCUGUUCACUCCGGUUACUUCAACGCUAUCGAUGACGUCGUGAUAAUUGUUGGCUUUAAAAGACCUUCUUCUUAUGCCCCUCGAGUGUGUGUUCAAUUCUUUCCAGUUCACAAGAGCCCUAUCGCAAGAAAGUAGAGUAAUACCUAAAAAGCAACCACAAAACAUAUAUAAAAGACUGAUGAUUCCCUGGAGCAAUCAAAGGCACAGUAGACGUGCAUUUGAAUGUACAACCAAGUGCGAUCAACUGAGAGCCUACGUGUACAGAAACGGCAUAGUUUAGUGUGAAGCAUCGCAUUUAUCACUCUUCAAAGAUUGACGAUAAUCAUAUCAUCGAGAUAUCCUAGUAAUUUCCGAUCAAGAAACACCUAAGGCGCUACCGUCAUUUGUAGUCAAAAGCGGUAUUGUAAGUCCUUCUAGAGCAGUCAAUGUUAUAAUGGAUGUCUCCGUGAGUCUGAGAAAAUGAAUGAUGUCAAAGUGCAUAGUUGCAUGCCGCUGUUGUCGUGUAUGUGCACAACGAUUCCACUGCAAUGGUGCUUUGAAACGUAAAAGAAAAAAACAAAAACUUAAUACAAAUAGGCACACAACGGAUAGCUCGGGAAACGCAUCAUUGAAUGAUCUCGUUGACAUAACUGUAAUAAGGUAUUGGUGUGCCAUCCUUCAAGAGAGUAAUAUUAAAAACGGACUUUUACGUACUGGAAAGGUCCCAUAAAAUGAGUGAUUCCAAGCUUAGAAGCAAUACUUACAAUAAUGAGUGAUCGUUCCAAUUGUGCGCGAUUUGCCGGAUCCAAAUAAGUAACCAGUUAAUAUGAGAAUCUAGGCAAAUAACCGAUCAGAUGAUGUCCUUGAGUUUAAGAGUUCCCGCAGUUCCUCAAUGUAGGACGGUUCACAGUACGUAUUACGUGCCAUUGCGUUACAAAACGAUUGCUUUUUCCUAUAGCUCGUAUACUUGAAUGAGGGAAACUAAAGCUUGAUUGAAUCUCGCCCAUAGGUAUGAAGUCCUAGUUAGAAUGCAUUAAGCGGUAAAAUGCUAAAAAAUCCUAUUAAAGAAGAAGCAAUAAUGAAACAAGUAAUGAGAUGGAUAAUCAAUAGCCAACACGUACUGGGUACGAUCAAGAAAUGAAAAAAGGUUUUAAGAAAAUUUUCAUUUUUAAAGUGUGUAAGUGGAAUGAUAAAACACGGCUGUGAAAUCAGAGAAACUAAACUAAAAUUACAGAUGCGAUAGGCUGUCAAAAUCGGCGUGCAGUGAUAUCUGCGCAGAUGUUAUAGUAAAGCGCAAGAGGUUUGAGCAGGCGACGAUAAGUAAUUUAUAUUUUUAGAAUUAAUUUGUACGAAGAGAGCGGCAAAGAAAUGAAGCAAAAGUAGAAGCAAGUAUAAAACGUUGUAUGUUGAGAGUAAAAAGCAGUAUGCUUGAGUAAGACCGCGGAGCGUAGAAUGUUGAUAUUAUGAAGGAUAAACACCUAUACUCUGAGAGGAUAUAAACAGCAGGAAAAUGAAAAAAAAAAAAAUUAACAAAAAUGAUAAAAACUGAAACAAAUCUUUGCAUUCAGAAAAAAAAAUCUAAAUCUAUGAAAGGAAAAAUAGUAAACUGUACAACAGCAAGAAA